UGUUGAUGAGAAAACCCCGUAUCUAGCUCUGGGGGCUGUGAAGAAUAUCUCCCUAAAUAUCUCCAUCUCUAACCUUGGGGAUGAUGCCUAUGAUGCCAACGUGUCAUUCAACGUUUCUCGGGAGCUCUUCUUCAUCAACAUGUGGCAGAAGGAGGAAAUGGGCAUUUCCUGUGAACUGCUAGAAUUGGACUUCCUCAAAUGCAGUGUGGGAUUUCCUUUCAUGAGGUCAAAGUCAAAGUAUGAAUUCAGCGUGAUCUUUGAUACAAGCCACCUGUCUGGGGAAGAGGAAGUUCUUAGCUUCAUCGUUACUGCUCAGAGCGGCAACGUGGAGCGCUCAGAGUCCCUUCACAACAACGUCCUCACACUGACGGUGCCACUGAUGCACGAGGUGGACACGUCCAUCACAGGAAUCAUGUCUCCAACCUCCUUUGUGUAUGGCGAGUCUGUGGACGCAUCCAACUUCAUUCAGCUGGAUGACCUGGAGUGUCAUUUCCAACCUCUCAACGUCACCCUUCAGGUCUAUAACACUGGGCCAAGCACCCUUCCUGGAUCAUCUGUCAGCAUCUCCUUCCCCAAUCGACUGUCACCUGGUGGAGCAGAGAUGUUUCACGUGCAGGAGAUGGUGGUGGGCCAAGAGAAGGGAAACUGUUCUUUCCAGAAAAACCCAACCCCCUGCAUCAUCCCUCAAGAACAAGAAAAUAUCUUCCAUACAAUAUUUGCAUUUUUCACAAAGUCGGGAAGGAAAGUCUUGGACUGUGAAAAAACAGGAAUUUCUUGCCUAACAAUGCACUGUAACCUUAGUGCACUCGCUAAAGAAGAAAGUCGUACUAUAGACAUUUAUAUGCUGCUGAACACAGAAAUACUGAAGAAGGACAGUUCAUCUGUCAUCCAGUUCAUGACCCACGCCAAGGUGAAGGUGGACCCUUCCCUGAGAGUGGUGGAGGUUGCCAGUGGGAACCCGGAGGAGAUGACGGUGGUCUUUGAGGCGUUGCACAAUCUGGAGCCACGAGGCUAUGUCGUGGGCUGGAUCAUUGCCAUCAGCUUGCUGGUGGGAAUCCUCAUCUUCCUGCUGCUGGCCGUGCUGCUCUGGAAGAUGGGCUUCUUUCGCAGAAGGUACAAAGAAAUUAUUGAAGCGGAGAAGAACCGGAAAGAGAAUGAAGACAGUUGGGACUGGGUCCAGAAAAACCAGUGACCCGCUACCCCACCCCGCGACGUGGCCCAGUCGUUCGCCUGUCGUCCCGAUCUUCGUAUCUUCCAUAUUUGGAAGAAAGAAUCUUCUCCAGAUUUUUCGGAGGCCCCACGAUGCUGUUCUUGUCCUCAUUCUCUCAAGCCCAGGUGGCACCCUGCGGCAGCCACUUUGGCCAGGUCGCCUGACUGGAACCACCACCACCUCCUUUUCCAGUUGAACUGCGAACUUUGGAAAGCUGGCUACAGAGCUGGGGGAUAUUUAUGGAUGCAACAAGUGUGGUCAACCCUCAGGGGAAAACUGUUAACCUAAAAGUAUUUUUAUAAAUACAAGCCUUUUAUACUGAUUAUGUCUUUAUAUUUGUAUCGAUGUUUUAUUAUUUCUAUUAAAUGAUUAUAUAGUUCACUCAAGCACUGAUAUCUGGCCUGAAAUCUUGGAAAUACAUGUACAUUCAUACAAAUGUUAAAGGAAAAAGAUCUUAUUGUACUUUGGAAUGGAACUUGCUGUUAAAAAAAAGGACUUGCAGAUGAAAUCAUCUGAAGAAACCUCGUGUGAUGAAUCCAUCAAGAAGGUGGUGCUAUAUAUCAACUACAGUUGGGGUUGACCGCGAAGACGUUUCACGUCUUUGUUGCCUGGAGUCAAGUGUGAAGUAAUGCGCUAAAGAACCAAGAGUGUUUUUUCAUCUGUACCUUUCAUUGGAAGAGUCCCAACAGGAAUUUGGAUGGAAAAACCUGAUUCCUGAGGCCUGUUCUCCAUCACCUUAUAGAGCAGGCAUUUCACCCUCCUUUCACUUGGAUUAAGACAUGAAAGAUUGGAGCAAUGCCAGUUGGUUAUCUGGUAAACCUCAGAAUGGCAUCUCAUCCUGGACAAAGUGCAUCAGAGUCCACAUGCCACCAGGACUAAAUCAGUGGCCGUCAAGCAGAGACUUGUGUCUGAAUGCUGUGAUGUGUUGCCUUUUCAUGGAAAUUUGAGUCAGAGGUCUCCAUCGUCCCCAGCACGCUUGCUGUCCCAGCUAAUGGUAAUUGCAGAAUCCUUCCCGGAGGUGACCAUUCAACCUGUCUUUCUUUAAAAAUUGUAUCUUAGGUGGGAUUCUUGAGAAGUGGACCCUGAGACAAGGAUUUUCACACGGUAACUUAGGAAGGAAGUUUCCCCAGGGCACGCCAGUAAAGACAUGAGGGAAGCAGGACAGGAGAGGGGAGGAAGCCACGUAAGGAGGUCAUUUCAGGGCAUAUCCUGUGCAGGGGGGCUUCAGCCUAACCCUGCAGCAGGGGCUCUGGAGGUAACUUAUGCCUCAGAGUUGUACCAGCCCGCAGCAAGGGAGCUGAGCUUUCAGAGUCUUGCACCCAGGGGAGAUGUAAACAUUUUUUCACUUCAUGCUGACAAAAGAGCCCCCAUAGCUCAGGAACAGUCCUCAAAAAGAGAGCCGCACCCCACCCUGGGAGGCACACAGAAAUGAUGUAGGGCUGUGGGCAUAGCACUGAUGUCAUCACCUGUCCCCUGCAGGUCUGAAGGCCGAGUUACGGCCUUCACUGUGCAAGCUCUCUGUCUGACAGUGUUUAUUACCAGAGGCACAGUGCUGUCCAGGUUUGAGUGUGGUGUGAGUCUCUGAAAGGGCAAGGAGAGGGUGGAGGUAGCAUCUUGAGCACUGCACCUGGCCUGUGGUGAACACUCAGUAACGGUGAGCAGCCCUGGCUGCUGUUGCCACUGCUGGAAAACCAGCUGGUAUGAAGCAAAAGAUGUCUAAGAACAGGGCCUGACAGAGUCCUCAGUGACUUAUCACAGCCUGCUCAAGCCGCGGGUACAAACAGAUGGCAUCAGAUGCGAAUGAAACAAGAAACAAGACCAGGCAUCUCUGUCCUAGGGCCUUGUUGACUGGAGGCUAACAUGUUAGGGGCCUGUGAGUGUUGUUGAAAAGACACAGAAUUCAACUGCAGGGGAGACAGGUUUUCCUAUACACAUACUUGGCCAGUCCCUGCAAAGAUACCUAAAGUUUUGGCAAAAUGAGAGUGCUGGGCGGUUGUGAACCUGGCAUGCAGCAUGCAUGUGUUUGUUUUUUAUGCACUUGACUCUGAUACAGGAAGAUACAGAAUGCAUCAUGCUUCCCUUCCCAGUGACCAUGGGAGUAGACAGAAGCCAGAGGGCCAAAGGCAUGGACUAGGCUGGUCUUAGAAGGAAGCUAAAGAUACAGCCUCUCACUGAGGGGUGGAGGCCCUGAGGUAACAAGAGGCAGAUGCAGGCAAAGAAACCAGUUCUCACUGAGAGUUCACCUAGGACAGAUGUGUGUGGACCCCAGCUGUGCCUGAGGCACCGUGCUGAGUGCUGGUGGCUCCCCUGGGAAUACCAUCGCACACUUUGCCCCGGGGGAGACAGAUCUGCCCACAGUAGAGUACAGAGCAUGGAGUCCUUUACAAAACCGCAUUUGCAGCUCUCCUUGGACAGACUCUUGCUUGUUUCAUGGUGUCCUUUAAUAAAUCAUUUAGGACUUCCCUGGUGGUUCAGCUGGUAAAGAAUCUGCCAGCAAUGCAGGAGACCCCGGUUCAAUUCC